CUGACGAUUUUAUAUUGUUUUAUGUUCGAAUCAAAGAAAUAGUGGCGGAUCUUAUAUUAAAACAAGACCUUGUGACUAGGAUUUACAGAGAUAAGCUACUGACGAAUAAGUUGAUGUUACUGGAGUUUUAACAGUCUCGUUGAAAGUCAGUAUUUGGCAAAUUUCAUGGACAAUGACGUAAUUUGCGAAUACGACCUGGCAUAAUGUCAAAUUUCUGGAGUGUUUCAUACCAAUCAUUAAGCCGUUCUUCACAUUCUGAUUUUGAGUAUGGAUUACACCGUUUAUCUGAUGAAGGUAUAAGGUUCACAGUGGAUGUGACCAGUCAACAUUUAAUAUUUGCGCUUCCUCUCACCUUUGGUGUUUCAGUACCCUCAAGGGACCUCCGUCGUAAAGGUCGUAUCAGAAAAAUGUCCACAUCUAAUGCCGGACACUUGACUAAGGAACAGUCCCAACAUCAUAUGUGACAUAGGCACAAUACUAGGCACCUGAUCCCAUCUCAGGUGUGUUCAGGGAUCCGUGUUAGACAUAUUGUUGAUUUUGUAUUUUUUAUUGAAGCUACGAGUCACUGUUCUUAAUAUUUAGGUUACUAUUUUAUGAUUCACGUAUUUCUACUUUGUUACCGUGAAAAAAAAUCAUUAUACCCCUGACAGAUGGACAGAGCUACAUUGAGGUCACAAUGGCUCGAACGCCCAUGUCAUUUCUCUCUUAGCUUUAAAUACCGCGACCAGCAUAAUACACUGAGCCCCAGUUCAUACCAAAACAAAUGUACACACACACGCACACAAAUGUACACACACAGUUAUGAAUCAUGUUGCACUUGAGUGAUUAAACAAUACAUAUGCCUUACAUAAAAAUACAUACACCGGGAACAGUAUUAUGUUAACACAUUAUUUUCCAUUCCGUAUAUUAUUAAGUGUCAGUGAGAUCGGACUCCAUACUAGCAAUCAAUCUCUACCCAGAGUUAUCGUUCCCGCUACGCUCCACUCAGCGUAAUACGCCCUCUGGUGAGAGAUUGACUAGCAAUAAAACACUUACAUGAUGCAGAAAAACCAAGGUUGACUAAUCAGCUAUCGCCAGCCGAGAUUAGACAAUGGGGAUUUCUUUGAAGUGAAUUGAAGAAAGAAAACUGAAGAUACAUGGUAGUUAAACAUUGAUGGAUAUCUGAAGUAUGUAAUUCAUAUCCACAGCUUUAAGGACGCGUUAACGUGAAAAACUUGUUUUUAACCAAAUGCUACAAUUUCAAGGCAUGUUUUUGUACAUGUAAAUAAACAACAUGGCUGACAGCCAUGCGAUUGAUGUACAUGCAAUGCAGAAUGAGUGGGCAAGAUUAAUAACUUUCGCUAACUUUCCGGAUCAUCAACGUGUAAGCACCAUCCGACUUGCCCAUUCGGGAUUUUACUACACGGGUCAAGGGUGUGUCUGUCGGUGUGUUUUCUGUGGAUUUGAAGAUAGUGACUGGACAAGAGGAGUUAUCCCGCCCCAUUGUGAGGAGUAUCUAAGGAGGGGAAGAAAUGAACCUAUAGAUCUGCAUAAUCGGGAAACUUACGAUGAAGAUUCUCACGACUUACUGGCACGGUCAAGUAUCAUUCCUUUCAACGGCGAAGAGACACGGCUAAACACAGCGAGUACCCAUUCAUUCAAGCAGCUAUGGAUUACAAUCAAUUCCAAUCAUGUUGAACAGCCUUUACAUUUAAGUGACCAAGAUCAAACCCAAUCUGAAAUCUUCGAGUGGCUCAGAAUAGAAAGGAAUAUCUACUGUUCAAAUUCUUUAAAUUUUCAAACUUCUUUAAACUUGGAUCUCGGUCUGCGGCCUUCAUUUGAAGAACACGCCAAUCAAUCGUCAAGCAGAGCUAACGUUUUUCAUUAUCUACGAAUAUGCGAAGAGACCCGUGAUCAGUUUUUGAGUUAUGGCAGUUUUACUUCCAAUCAAUCUGUCAGGGAAAUGAUGGAGGGGAACACCAGACAAAGUACAUUUUCAAUACUUUCAUUAUCUCAUUCAUGCUCAGCUCAGGAACAGAUGUCUCGAGUUAUAUCCCCUUCACAGUCAUCUCAGGAACAGACGUGUCAAGUUACACAGCCUUCAGAAACGUCUGAUGAUCAUGUAACAGCACUGAAUUACUUAGAAGAAUCACAAAUGCUACAAACAUCAACAGAGAUAGCUAACGAAAGGGGCAAUGUCAUCAGUCAAACUGAAGAUGUACUAUCUCCCUCAGAUAUUUAUGAUACUUCCCACGAAACACCAUUAGAUGAACCUACUAAUGAAUACGAAGAUUCGAUUCCGUUAAGAAUGUCAUCUGACAAUAGCACAUGUAAAUCUGAUCAGAUAUGGAUAAGUAUAGUUGGGCAUGAUACCAUGAAUUUAAAUCGUGAUAAUUCUCCUGUCAAUGUGAAACCAAAUCCAAGCAUAUCAGAAUCCAUGACACAAGCCACAGAAGUAAGAGAACGUUCUAUCGGAGAGAAUGUUCCACCGAUGAGCAGAUCUGUGAGAAAUACCACCGCAACACCACAGACUUAUUCAGAGAGAUUAGCAACUUUUCAUAACUGGCCCCGUCACCUUGCACAACAUCCAGAAGAAAUGGCAGCCGCCGGAUUUUACUACACAGGGCAAGGAGAUUCAGUGCGCUGUCCUUACUGUGAUAAGGGCUUAUAUAAAUGGGAACCAAUUGAUAAUCCAUUGACAGAACACGCUCGUUUCUUUCCACAAUGCAAAUUCGUUCAGCAAUACAUACACCAAAGACAGCAUGGACAGGGCACAGAAUUUCGACCAAGGCCACAACACAUCACACUGGACCAAAUCAGCCAUCUCGAUUCCUUGAAAGAAGUGCUUGAUUUGUCUUUCAAUAUCGAUGACAUAUUGCUAGCAUACAAUUCGUUAUCUUCUACAUUGGAUAUCAGAGAUAUCACACCCAUAGAAAUACUGAAGUUUUUCUUUGAGGCAGACCAAGAAGCGGAAAGCUCCAAUGAAAACGGCUGUUUAUGUUGUGUGUGCCAUGACUGUGUUGUGACUGUGUUGUUCUUCCCUUGCCGCCAUGGAUGUUGUGAAAAAUGUGAUGACGAGGUUGAACACUGUCCCUUCUGUGCUCAUUAUAUAAAAGCAAGACAUCGAGUAUAUGUAGGAUAAUAGGGUGUUAGAAAAGACAUGGAAGUAUAAUAUUCAUUACCAAAAAAUAAUGAAAAUAUGACUACAACUUCAUAGAAUAAAAUAGUCAAAGAAUAGAGGGAAUUGAAAAUUUUAAGAGAUUUUAACAGGGAAUGCUUCAACUCCUCCUAGACACCUGAUUCCCUCUAUUGUGUGUCCAGGGGUCCGUGUUUACCCUUGCUAAUAAUAAUGGAAUUAUGAGAUUGAUCACUCUAGCUCAUUGAUGUACAUGUACUUUUCAAGACAAUCUCUUGUGUGUCCAGGGAUCCGUGUUUGCCUUAUAGUUUUGUAUUCUUUAUAGGGAUCAUGGGAUUUAUCACUUUUGCUUAUUGAUGUACUUCUUAAGACAAUCUACGAGUAUGUUAGAAAAAACCAAUCCGUUGAAACGCUGCACUGAUUUCUCAUCUGUUAAUAUUCAUACGCUAUAAUAUGUAUUCAAAGUGUACUGACUGUAAGACCUGAAGUAAAGCUUGACAUUACGAAAUAAACAAGAUGUUCAUUUAAA